ACGAGAUGUGUUGAAGUGUAGGGUUAUUAUUUAUUAUUCUAAUCUACAUUUAAAAUGAAUCCUUUCAUCGAAGAUCAAAAGAAACGUCUCCGUAACUACAUUACCUUACCCGAUGUAUUCUUGAAGCAAUCCGAUUUGGAAAUUAUUUCUAGGACACCAAAUCAAAAUUUACUACUGAACGUAACAAAAAGUCCGGCAAGCUCUACUUUAAAAGCAAAAAGAAAUUAUUUAACAGGAGAAAUAACUGAUUUUGUUGAAAAAGUCAUAAGCCAUGCAGAUGCCAAUGCGAAAAAUUCGAUGUCUUUCAAGAGAGCUCCUAAUCCUGAAGAAACUAUUAGAGGAAACCCAAUGAAUUUUCCAUUUUGGCCUGGUGGUUUUGAUGAACCAUUAACGGAUCCCGACACAAUUUGUGGAAAUGACGUUGAUUUUGAUGAGAAACCUAGACUAGUUACUCCGCCUGGAUUUAUCAAUGGUUACACAUUUGAAAAUGACACACCAUUAGAUAAUAGAGAAGAAAAUAAGGUAGAUCUUCUAGAAGCUUUAGAAAAAUGGAGGGACUCUAUUGAUGAAUGGAUGGAUUCCAUUGAAGAUAACGAUAAUGUAGAAAACAGAAAAAAUGAAGAAUCGGUAGUAUUUCAUACAACGCAAGAAGAUGAGCACCUACUAGAGACGGUAGAAUCUAGUCCAGUUCUUCCAAUUUCGCAAUAUUCCAGGGAAAAACUGUUUUCCAGUGAAUGGGCAGAAAUAAUAGAUACUAGUAAACCAGUUACAAAUUUCAAAGAAAAGAUUUAUGACAUGGCUAAAACAUUCGAUUUUGAAUUAGAUAAUUUUCAAAAACAAGCUAUUAUAAAGUUGGAGGAGCAUGAAUAUGUUUUUGUUGCAGCUCACACUUCUGCUGGAAAAACUGCUAUUGCUGAGUAUGCCAUAGCUCUUUCUUUGAAACAUGGCACCAAAGUUAUAUAUACGUCCCCCAUCAAAGCACUGUCAAAUCAAAAAUAUCGCGAGUUUCGCGAAAAUUUUAAAGAUGUUGGUUUGCUGACAGGUGAUUGGCAAAUUGAACCCAAAGCAUCUUGCCUUAUCAUGACGACAGAAAUCCUGCGUUCAAUGUUAUUCAAUGGAACUGAAACUACGCGAGAUAUAGAAUAUGUUAUUUUUGAUGAAAUUCAUUACAUUAAUGACCCAGAUCGGGGGCACGUUUGGGAAGAGGUGAUAAUGUUACUACCAGAAAAUGUAAAUAUAAUUAUGUUAAGUGCAACUGUUUCAAAUUUCAUAGAAUUGGCCGAGUGGGUUGGAAUGACUAAAAAAAGGAAAGUUUAUGUUAUAACCACUUUAAAGCGUCCAAUUGCUUUAGAACAUUAUUUGUAUUUAGAUAGUGGAGGAAAAAAAAAAGAAAAUAUGCAUUUGAUAGUUGAUUCAGAUAAUAGAUUUCGGGUAGAAACCUUUAGAGAAUUAAAAGCCGAGUUUGAAAAAAAAAAUUCGAAAAAUUGGUCACAGUGGGAUAACCUUAUAAAUCAUUUGCAGAAGAAAAAUAUGCUACCAGUAAUUGUUUUUACAUUAUCAAGAAAUCGUUGCGAUUUCAAUGCUCUUGCAUUACGUAGUAAGGAUUUAAAUACCGCAAAAGAAAAAUCUGCAGUUCACAAUUAUUUUCAAAAAUAUUGUAUGUCAAAAUUGAAACCAGAAGAUCGCAAUUUAUCUCAAGUUAACUUAAUCAAAACGUCAUUGGAACGCGGGAUUGGUAUUCAUCAUAGCGGCAUUUUACCAAUAUUAAAAGAAAUUGUCGAAAUGGCUUUUCAGGAGGGUUGGGUUAAAGUAUUAUUUGCUACAGAAACAUUUGCAAUGGGAGUUAAUAUGCCGGCUAAAUCAGUGGUAUUUGAUUCUUUCAAAAAACAUGAUGGGCAAGAACUAAGAUUUUUGAAGCCGUCUGAGUACACACAAAUGGCAGGAAGAGCGGGCCGACGAAGAAAUGAGGUUGGGACUGUCAUAUUAGUAUGCAAACAACAGUUACCUUCAGAAAUUGAAUUACAGCGAAUGAUCUUAGGGAAAGCCGAUUCAUUGUCCUCUAAGUUUAGAUUGCGUUAUGCAGCUAUUCUUAGAUGUUUAUGUGUGGAUAACAUACAAGUGGAAGACUUAAUGAAGCACUGUUUUAAAGAAUUCAAAUAUAAAAAACAAUUAGUUACUAUUACUGAGUUGUUAAAAGCAAAAGAAGAAGAACUCUCUAAAAUAAAGAACUUGGAUAACAGUUUGCAACCACUUGAGAGCUUUUUUGACUGUGCUCGCAGGUUUUUGGAAAUAAGAGAAAAGUUUAUGAAAAAAUUAUUAAGUUCUCCAAACUACUUGAAAGAAAUUAAAACUGGCAGAGUAAUUAUCAUUUCGUUUGAAAAUCAUUACAAUAAAUUAGCGAUAGUCUUAAGUUUAAAGAUAACUGGGUCUGAUAAUUUGAAAAACACUAUAAAAGUUCUUAUAUUAGAUAAUCAAGAAAUUGAAAAUCAAGAAACAACUGGAAACGAACUUUGGCAUAAAAUGAUUUCUUUGACAAAAGAAAUGCAAUUUUUUCGACCCGUAGGAGCUGGGGGCCACAGAAUUCUAGAAAUUAAAUUUGAACACGUAACAGAUAUAACGAAAAGUCUAAUAAAAGUCGAGCCUGAUUUAAUAAUUAAAAAUUGGGAGCAACGACAAAUUGAGCGUUUUAAAGAUUCACCUCCAGGCCAGUCAGUGCUUAAAGCUGUAACUGAAUUAAAUCAAUUGAAUGAAAGUUAUAUAUCAAAUCCAAAUUCUUUGCAAACUAUGGACUUGAAAAAAGGAUUUAGUUUGAAUAUUGAGGAAGAAGACGAAUAUUUGUGGAGAGAAUUUAAUACAUCAAAGAAGAACUUGCGUGAAAUUUUACCUUACACGAGCAUUGCAAAUUUCAAAUCUGAUUUUAAAACUGUGUUCGAAAAAAAAAAUCUUGAAAUGGAGGUGGAUGAACUAAAGUUUCGCAGUUCUCCAAAAAGUUUGACUCUAUAUGAUGAUUACAGUUAUAAAUUAAAGGUAUUGAAAGAGCUUGGUUAUGUUGAUAAGAAUGAAAAAGUACUUCUGAAAGGAAAAAUAGCAUGUGAAAUGGGUCAAAAUGAGCUUUUUGUAAUGGAAUUAAUAUAUUCAAAUAGUUUUGAGGAUUUAGAACCAGCUGAGAUUGCCGCCCUACUAUCUGGACUUGUUUUUCAAGCUAAAACCAACACGGAAUAUAAAAUAAAUGAAAAACUCAAAGAGGGUAAAAAGCGUUUUGAAGAAAUCAACAAACGUAUUGAAGAUGCAGAGAGAAAUAACGGCGUUAAUUCAGGACCAGAAAAUCGGCUGAAUUUUGGAUUAAUUGAAGUAGUAUAUGAAUGGGCAAGAAAUAAGCCAUUUUCGGAGAUCACUGAACUUACUGAUAUUCAGGAGGGAAUCAUAGUACGAUGUAUUCAGCAGCUAAAUGAAACUAUUCAGGAUGUGAAAACUGCAGCUUCGCGAAUUAGUCACACGACGAAUUCUAUUUUGAAGCAAAAAAUGGAAGAAGCUUUGGUAGCAAUUAAACGUGAUAUUGUUUUUGCAGAAAGUCUGUAUACUUCAAAUACAAAAUGAUUAUUUAAAAAAAAAUUUCAUAUUUUAAUAUGAACUAUGUGCAUUAACAUAAGCACCAAUAAAUAUAAUAUUUUAUACAUAUACAUAUAAAUCUAAAUUGCUUAAGUCUCUUUAUUUAUAUCUAAAAUUUAAUUUAUACAAAUAUGGUUCUUUUUCUUAUAAAAAAAUUGAAGUACACAAAUAA